GCGCUUCGUGGUCUGGAGAGCGACCCGCUCGUCGCCGAGAAGCUUUUGCACUUGGAGCCGAGCCCCUAUCUGCAGCAGCUCAACGCAAGGGAGCUCGCGUCGAUGCUUUAUCGUGACAACCUUCGUCUCAAGCAUGCUCCUCGGAAACGACUGCAAGAUGAACUUGAUUCCGCCAAACUGGCGGACAACAUGCGGCAAAUGCAGGCAGACCGGGAAAGCGGACUACUCGAGCUCACGACAGCUGCCACUGAUCCCCUGGCCAGAGCUUUGCUGUCCCACUUGCAAGAGGUCGGGCAGCGGGACCAAGUCAUGUUCUCUAUGCCUGCGACUGUCUUCGGUGACAAGUGUGAGCCGGUGCAGCAGCUUGUGAACCCGCACCGGUCACUGGCUGAGCAUACCGGUGAUAUGGAGGUGGAAGACGCUGACAGUGUUCUGGCUUCAGCUGCCGUAGGCAGCGGCAGCGACGUGCUUGCGUUGCCAGGGCAAGACAUUGUUCCUUCAGCACAUUUGUUUCAAGACGAGGCUGCUCGGCACUUUGCCAAAUGCUUGGCGCCUUCCCGGGCUUUUGGAGAUCAUUCGUUUUUCAGAAUUUCUUCGGGAGCCAUGGACAGGCACGUGAUCACAGGCGCGCCUCUGCGGCAGUUUGAUUUCAUGGUGCAGUGCUACGUACCUGUUGAGAUUGACCAGUGCGGUGAUGGUGACCAGAGGGCCGUUCACUUGGCUCCCCUGGGAGCCCCAAUGGCAUUGACCUUGAGGCAACACACCUUCGACGUUCUUGCCCAAAGCAUACACGUGUGGGCCUUGGACAAAGGCGUGAAGUUUUUACCUCGACCUGGGUUAGGGUUGCUUCUCGCGCCGGAUUUGUUUGUGUGUUUUCGUUUUUUUUGUUAUUUCUGCUUGUUUGCUUGCUUGUUGCCUGCUUGUUAUCUUGUAAACAGAACACUCUUUACAAGAUAG